CUAUCUUUGGAUCGUGUAGAGAGAAAUGAAUGAACACCUGGUAUUACGCCUGUCACUCGCUUGAAGCCGCAGAAUGUGACGUCGUGCGGUGAGCGAGGUUGAAUUUUUGCUGCUUGUGUUUACUACUACAAACAAAAUCGACCUGACCUCCUACCACCCUCUGCACACAGCCUAACGCUCACGACACGUCCCAACCAUGGCAUCACAAGCUGGCAUGGUCAAUUCGACCAUCUUCCAAGAUCUACAGGCUCGCAUUGACGAAGAUACCGCCGUCCGAGAUGAGCUACGAGACAUCAUCCAGGCCCUCGAGAAGCACAACCGCAAUGUCUCUUUCGUGCUAUCAAGAGCGCAGUCGACACCUGUCGCAGACCUUUCCGAAGUUCUGAAAGCCGCAGAAGAGCCAAUCAAGAAUGUCAUAGACACAGUCUCCAAGCUCUCGCAAGCUGCGUCAAAGAUGCCAUACUACAAGUUUAACAAUAUGUGGAGCCGCCAGAUGCAGGGAGCUGCAGAGAGCGUGCUAUUCUGGGGCUGGCUAGGUGGCUACAAGUACGAUGGUGGUAACGUUCAAUGCGGACGGCUUCUGACCAUCGAAGAACUCGGUGAAAUCCUGAACAUCCCAGUCAAUCUCAAAGACCGCGAUGAGUUCCACCUCUCGCUCGAAGAGUACCUCCAGUCCCUCAUCACGCUUGUCGAAGAACUGACACGACUUGCACGCAAUGCCGUCACGCUGGGCGACUACGAGCGACCGCUGCUCAUCAACCAAUUCGUCAAGGAUUUGCAUGCGGGCUUCCAGAUUCUCAAUCUCAAGAACGACAGCUUGCGCCGCCGCAGCGAUGGGCUGAAGUACAGAGUCAAGGAUGUUGAGGACGUUGUAUAUGACCUGUCACUGCGGAAUCUGGUGCCUAAGAAGGAAGAGCAGAAGCAGUGAUUACGGUUCAUGAUCAUCUUGCGGCUAGUGAACGGCGGGACAGCAAUGGUUACAAAAAGUGAUAUUCACAUUUUCACAUGAAUGAAUGAAUGCAGGCUAUCAAUCUGGCUCCAGUAGUUCCAAAACAUAGCGUUAUUGAGAUUCUUUAAGGU